AUGGAGAUAACUCCAGAACAACAAAUUACAAAAGUUGAAUUAUCUCCUAUAGAAAUUACAUUAAUAUAUGCAAGUAAUCGAACUAAAGAUAACAAGAGUAUAAUAAGUACUAAUUUAACCUUGAUGGAUUUCACUUAUAUGCAGAUAGACAAGACAUUGAACAAAGAAAUUACUAUAAUAAAGUCUAAAGAUGAACAAGGUCUAGACAAAAAACCAAGAUGUUUAAGUAUUAUUAAAAAACCAAAUAGGCACUAUGUGGAAAAUAAAGAAAACAAGCCUAGCACAAAUACCAAUUUUUAUUCUAUUGCAAAAAUAUAUGAAAAAGAUUAUAUUACUGAUAAUGUAAAUCUUGUAAUACAAUCUUCAUUAUGUAAGGAUUUUAAAACUAGAAAAAAAGGCAAAGAAAAGGCUAAGCCACAACUAGAUAAUAUUAUACAAUAUAAGGCUUUGGCUGAGAUUCUCAAAAAAGCUUACAAAAAUCGAAAAAGAUUAUGA